AUGGGCUCUCACACACCCAUUCCGAUUGCAGAGCACACUGAUAAAGUGAACCCUUUACAAAGAAGAACACGAAGCUGGAGUUUUUACCGAAGGCGACGCAACUAUUCAUCUGGACAUGUCACUUCCCAGCAGCAGCAAGAUUCAGGUGAUGUUCCCAUGGACAUCCAAGCAAGAUAUGCUCCCUAUGCUGUUCUAUCCCGUCAUCAGAGAAGCAGUUUUCAGAAACAAGACCAAAUACAUAUUAAUAUGGAGACAAAGCAAAAGCCUCCAGAGAGAAGAAUGGAGAGAGGCAGACAGAAUGAGACCGUGGGGAGCUGGUUCAAGAUCACUAUUCCCUUUGGUAUAAAAUAUGAUGAGAAGUGGCUGCUGAAUUUGAUUCAGAAGCAAUGCAGUGUCCCCUUCAUUCCAGUCGAAUUUCACUAUGAGAAAAUGCAGGCCCAGUUCUUUGUAGAGAAUGCCAGCAUUGCCUGUGCGUUGAAGAAUGUCAAUGGCAAGAUUUUCAAUGAGGAUAAUGAAAAGAUAUCUAUCUUUGUUGAGCCCUGUGAUGCACCCAAAUCUGUGCAGAAAGCACUGAAGUCUCAAAAGGUGGAGCAGAUGAAGCUUUCGUCCCUGGACCAGAGCAACAAAAAACCCUACAUGGUGCAUAGCCUGUCCACCAUUAUGGAGAAUGCUUCCCACACCAAGAACUUGAAUCUUUCCAACAUUGAGGUGAAGUCUGCAGGGGAGAUGGACAAGGGUCAACAGCUGGAACCAGGAAGGAUGGGGGCUGACAGAACCGCCAGGAGCACCACCUCCCCUGAUAAGUCAACCAACAUAAGCACCAUCCUGGAGUUGUUCCCCAAGUUACUAAGCUUGGAUAGCCAGGAGAAACCCUCAGGUUCUAAGUGUGCUAUUGAAGUCCCCAAGUACUUACCAAUGUGCAAGGGAAGCUUCUUUGGAUCUGAUGAGCUGAAGAGUCUAAUCCUGCAAUUCCUGCAGCAGUAUUACUUGAUCCAUGACUAUGGGGACCGCCAGGGACUCCUGUGUGCUUAUCAUGAGGAGGCCUGCUUCUCCCUGACCAUUCCAUUCCUCCUCAAGGACCCAGGCCCAAGCAGCAUGUGUGCAUACUUCAAGAACAGCAGGAAUAUGAAGAAGCUCAAGGACCCCAAUCUACGGUUCCAGCUGCUGAAACACACAAAAUGUGACAUUGUGCAGGCCCUCUGUGGGUUGCCCAAAACUCAGCAUGACUUCAGGUCCUUCAUGGUGGACAUGUGGUUCAAGACGGAAACAAUGCUCUGCUUCUCUGUGAAUGGGGUGUUCAAGGAAAUAGAAGGAAGGUAUCCUGGCUGUGUGCGUGCCUUUAGCCGGACCUUCAUCACUACUCCUGCCACCUCUUCCAGUUUUUGCAUUGUGAAUGAUAAGCUGUUUGUGAGUGACUUCAGCCCGGAGAAGACAGCCUGUGCUCUUCAUCCCAAAGCCUAA